AUGUCCACCGCCACAACCUCAUCCCAAAUCAUAGAGCAAACCACCCUCUUCCUCUCGGAAACCAUAUCCCAACCCCACCACCGCCGCCACCUCCACACCACAUUCCUACAAAAACUCCCUCCCACACUCUUGAAGCCCCUCACCUUCAUCUCCCAAACCGUCGAAACCGCCAUCUCGAGCAGCAGCCCCUCCGUCCGCGCCUCGUCCCUCCGCCUCGCCGAGAGCCUCCUCUCAUCCACCCCCACCAACCCCUUCUCCUCCUUCCUCCUCUCCCUCGUCCACCACCUCUCCCGCCGCCCCCUCGACGCCUCCCUCGCCCUCCUAGACGUGUUCGAGGCCGAGCCCUCCCUCUCCCGCCUCGAGAUCGCGCCCUUCCUCUUCCAAGAGCUGUUUCUCGUCCACUUCGCCACCAUUCUCGAAUGGUACGACGGUAGAAGGUCUGAGAUCCUGUCGGGUUUGGGGCUCGAGUCCAUGUCGAUCUUGUCGGAGAUGGACGGGGGGCAGGCGGCGGCGCUGAAGGAGUUGGAGAGGGGAUAUGAGGGUUUGUUGGAAGAUAAUUGUAGGGUUUUUGCAAGGUAUUUUAAGCAAGUGCUGAGGAGAGGUGGAGGAGAGGAGAUGAUUUUGCCACCUAAAAUUGUAUUUCGAGAAUGUGAAAGUGAUGAUCGUUCAACUUUGUGGGAGGGAGAUGAUGAACAGAGGAUCAAAAGCCAUGGAUUUGAGUCUCCAAACAGACGCCAAUAUGGGGUGGUGAAGCUGAAGGAGAAGGAGAAGGAGAAGGAGAAGGAGAAGGAGACAUAUCAAACAUGGCUGAUUCAAAGAGACUCUCAAAGUUGCCAUCCCUUUCUCCAGUCAGAGUAUCACCAGACCUCAUUUUCAAUCAAAUCCCAUCCACCCUCACCUUCAAUCAGGAUAAGGAAAACAUCAAGAAAGAGGCAUUGUUUGACUCGACAAAGCAGCGGAGAAAAAAGCGGAUCCAUCAUGGUCAGCUGCGUGGAUGAUUCUUCCAUGGACGACUCAACAACGGCUAACGCCCCAAAGGACUUCGUCUGCCCCAUCACCGCCCGAAUAUUCGACGAUCCCGUCACCCUCGAGACCGGCCAGACCUACGAGCGAUCCGCCAUCCAAGAGUGGCUCGACCUCGGCAACCUCACCUGCCCCAUCACCCGCCACAACCUCCUCUCCCCCGACCUCCCCAAGACCAACUACGUCCUCAAGCGCCUCAUCGCCACCUGGCGCGAUCGCAACACCACCACCACCACCUCCCCCACCAGCGUCAUAGCCCCUCCCAGCGAUGGCGAGCUCCAGCUCGCCAUCGCUGAAGUCUGCACCUCUGAGAUCCUGCUGGACGCUGAGGCAGCAGUCCUCAAGAUCCAGAGGUGCUGGAAGGAGGCUGAGUCAGCAGACCACCAGAUGAUGCUGGAGAUGCUGACAAAGCCUCCUGUCAUCAAUGGAUUCGUUGAGAUGCUUCUCAACUCCGUUGAUGAGACUGUCUUAAGGACCACGGUGUGCCUACUUACCGAGCUCGGGUCGAGGGAUGGCAAUGUGGUGGCGACGCUGACCAGAGUGGACUCGGAUGUGGAGUGCAUAGUCCAGCUGUUUAAGAAAGGCCUGCACGAGGCGCUCGUGCUGGUGUACCUCCUGAGGCCGCCGGUGGAGAGCCUCGUGGAGAUGGAGCUCCCGGGGUAUCUCGUGGAUACCCUAAGCAACGGUCGUGACAACAACGACGACCUCAACUUCAAGAUGUUUAUGGAGCCUCAGACUGCUGCGGUGCUUAUGCUGGCGCAGAUUCUGCGGAGCUGCAGCCAGGAAAGUAGUUCAAGGAUAUCCACCAGCAUUGCUUCCAAGCCAUCAUCGAUUGAGAGAAUCGUGGCGGCUCUGCAAGCGCCACAGACUGAGGAGAGAGUAGCUGCUGUCAGUAUUCUGCUGAGAUGCAUUCUUGAGGAUGGAAAGUGUAGGAACAUAGUAGCUCACAAGGCUGAAUUGGUUUCUCUCCUGGAGAUUUUGUUUCAAGUAGGAGACGUGGAGCGGCUCGAGAUCAUUCAUUUCUUCUCCGAGUUAGUCAAGUUGAACAGGAGAAAUUUGAAUGAGAACAUCUUGAGGACCUUGAAAGAUGAGGGUACUUUUAGUACAAUGCACACACUACUUAUCUACCUACAAAAGGCUCGGGCCGAACAAUCUCCGGUUGUUGCUGGACUUCUUCUGCAACUUGAUCUUCUGGAGGAGCCAAGAAAGAUGAGUAUAUACAGAGAAGAGGCAAUAGAUGCUCUUAUUAGUUGUCUAAGAAACUCAGAAUGCCCAGCAGCACAAAUUUCAGCUGCAGAGACAAUACUCUCCCUCCAUGGAAGAUUCUCCUAUUCAGGAAAAUCUCUUUCUAGGGCCAUUCUCCUCAAACGAGCCGGGCUGGAGAAGAGCUAUGUGGCGUUUAUGAAAAGGGAUCAGCGUCGUCACCACAUAUCUGCUAAUGCUCAAGACACCAUGGAAGAUGAGAGAGCUGGUGAGGAGUGGGAGAGAAAAGUGGCUUUCCAUCUUGUGAGCCAUGAGUUUGGGCUAGUGUUUGAAGGUCUUGCACAAGGCCUGAUCAGCAGCAACGAGGAGUUGAACUCGGUGUGCUUCAUGGCCGCGACAUGGCUCAUAUACAUGCUCUCGCUCCUUCCUGAUACGGGGAUAAGGGGAGCAGCGCGCGUGUGUUUGCUCGACCAUUUUGUGUCCGUUUUCAAAUCGGACAAGAAUGUUGAAGAAAGAGCACUCUCCAUGCUUGGCCUCAACAGCUUCAUCCGCCACACCGAAGGGUUGCAGGAUCUAGCAGGUCACACCAAAGACAUCCUGAAAGGACUAAGGGAGCUUAAGAAAUCCUCUAGCAUGGCAUUUGAGAUGCUCAAAGUGCUGUCACAAGAGCACGACAAUAGCGCCGAUAUAUGGAGUCAUCAAGAACUAAGCCAAGAAGACUGCUCGAUCAACGGAGAAGUUGUUGCAGUGACAUGCUUCAAAGGAAAAAUUUUCUCCGGCCACUCAGAUGGAACCAUAAAGGUUUGGGGGCCGGAGCUAUGCCUUAUCCAAGAAAUACGGGAGCACACAAAGGCGGUGACUAGCCUGACAGUACUACAAUCAAUGGAGAAACUGUACAGUGGGUCGGUCGAUAGGACAGUGAGGAUUUGGUCGAUAUCGGAGGAAGGAAUUUACUGUGAACAAGUUGAGGAGGUUAAGGAUCAGAUAAACAACAUGGUAGUUGCUAACAACAUAGCAUGUUUCAUUCCUCAAGGAGGCGGCGUCAAGCUGCACUCGUGGAAUGGAUCCUCUAAACUGCUCAAUCAAAACAAGAAUGUCAAAUGUUUGGCUCUGGUGCAAGGGAAACUCUACUGUGGAUGUCAGGAUACUAGCAUUCAGGAAAUCGACCUAGUAACGGGAACGCUAGGAAAUAUACAGAGCGGCUCCAAGAAACUCAUAGGGAAAGCCAAUCCUGUUUACGCGCUCCAAGUACAUGACGGGCUGCUAUAUGCAGCAGGGCCUUCCCUCGACGGAGCAAAUGUUAAGAUUUGGAGCACAUCAAACUAUAGUUUGGUCGGAUCAUUGCCAUCGACAUUGGAUGUACGGACCAUGGCCGUGAGCUCGGAGCUCGUAUAUCUCGGAUCCAAAGUGGGAACUGUUGAAGUUUGGUGCAGAAAGAAGCUUAGCAGAGUUGAAACACUUCAAACAAACCUCAUCAGCAGAAUUCUUUGCAUGGCCCUUGACACAAAUCAGGAUAUCUUAGUCGUUGGAACCUCUGAUGGCAGAAUUCAGACAUGGGGGCUUAGCUAGAGGAAGGAUAUAAAAUGUCGGAAGAUUUAGAGAUAAGAAAUUUGUUAUAUUUUUUCGUCCUCCAAUAAAGCAUCUGUUAUAAUUUUUCGACCUCAAGAAGACAUACAUACAUCUACAUAUAUAUGAAGAAUUCAUCGUGUCA